CAACUGACCAACUUCACGAGUAGGGGGCCAAGCCAGUGUGGUACGCAAUGGUACACCUUAUUAGUGUUACACUGUUUUCAAAAGCCCUUGUUAGCCAAACGAGCAGCGACAUCCCUCGUCCAGUUGCCCCGACGUGCGAUGAGGCUCUAUGGUCUUAUUGCUCGCUUCUGUGUUGUCGCGCUGUUGCCAUGGCCCUGUCAAGCGCGAUAUUCGCAAUCCUUCCAGCGUAGUCUCAAACAGUUAUCCGAUGAACAGCUAGACGCUCUUGUGGGCAUCGUUGAUCCAGUGAAGAACAUUGACCCACGGAAUCCCCAAUCUCAUUUGUCGAAGAUGCUCAUUCCGCGACCUGUGGGUAGUGAUAAUAGCACUCUCGUCCGCAAUUACAUAGUACGGGUUCUAACUUCGUUGGAUUGGUAUGUCGAGGAAGACAGUUUUACGGAUUCAACACCAUACGGUGAACGCACCUUCACUAAUAUCGUUGCUACAAAAGACCCAAAUGCACCUCGAAGAGUAAUUUUGUCUGCUCACUAUGAUAGCAAGUAUUUCCUCAGCUAUCCCAGUAACCAGUUCGUGGGAGCAACAGAUUCUGCGGCGCCCUGCGCCAUGAUGCUGGACGUUGCUGAGGCCCUGAACCCCUUCUUGGAUCGUCGGCGGCAAGAAAUUGAAACAGAAGAUGAAGAAGACAUCGAAGACAUCACCCUUCAACUGGUAUUCUUCGACGGCGAGGAAGCUUUCAAGGCUUGGACCGGGACGGAUUCCAUAUAUGGUGCCAGGCAUUUAUCUCAAAAGUGGUCAAACGCUUAUAUUGCACCAUACACCAAGCGGCGAUUGCUCAGUCAUGCUAGUGUGACGGAGUUGACAACGAUUGAACACCUUAUCCUCCUUGAUCUUCUUGGUGCUCCUAAUCCAUCUGUACGGUCUUACUUUAUUGACACCGCGUGGUUAUUCGACGCGAUGGUUUCUGUUGAAGAGCGUUUACACCAGGCGGGGCUGCUCACGGAAUCAGAAGGAACUGCGAAUUUUCGCAGCUUUUUCUUACCUCGAAGAGGUGCCGAAUUCAACUACGGCUACAUCGAGGAUGACCAUGUACCUUUCCUGCGGAAAGGAGUGAGUGUUCUCCACGUAAUACCUUACCCAUUCCCCACUGUUUGGCACACAUUGCAGGAUGAUGCAUCUGCUCUUGAUGUUCCCACCAUGCGUCGGUGGAAUCUUAUUCUUAGGAUAUUUAUGUGCGAGUACUUGGACCUGGGGCCUGUAAUCGCCCCAAAUUCAAAUCACGACCGCAUACAUCGUUCAACGAGUGAACUUCACGUCUCAGAUGCCCUGACGUUCAGUUCGGUCACUGAGAGCGGGGCACCACAGUCGUAGCAGUACAAAACAAGAUUUUGGGAAUACAGCACGGCUUCAUGCUCCAUCUCCAUCGUACUCAGGCGCCAAUAAGUGCCUUGUAAUGCUUAAUAAAGAUGGAUGCGUCGGUAAUGAGCUAUGGUGAACCGCAAGAUGUAAGCAAGCUCAUAAGCAAUUUAACGGACGAACCCGUUGUUGUUCUCUCUGUUCAUUCGACCUCCGUUCCGCGGUCUUUAAAAGGCGCUUGCGUACCUUUCUCAUCCGUGUGGAUUGACUUCUCACUAUGCUAGGUUAACACGUAGCCAAACAUGCUGUGAAGGAGUUG